CUUUCAGUUUGCAGUCAACUUACAUUAAAACUGCUACAUUUGGAAGAUUGAUAAACGUUUUCUUUAACUUGCAACCAUCAGGUUUGAAAUUCGAGUGGCAAGUAUUUGGGAGAUACUUUUACGUUUAUAUCAACUUUGACUGAUAAAAUUUAAAAUUGAAGACAUUUAUAAAUUUAAUACUUUACAUAGAAAUUUUCCAAAACAUUCAAUAAGACUGAAAACAAAUAGAAGCAAAUAUAAUGAAAACUCACCAUAUUCAAGCCGCUUUUGCACGUAAACGUGAAAACCAACAUAUUCGCACUGAACGAACCGAAGCUGUCGACCGGUAUUAUGCUCAUUGGGGUAAACAAACUUCAAAAUAUGAAAAUUGGACAGCUCCAGAAUAUUACAAACAAGCUGAAGAGAAUUUGAAAAAGUCGAAAGAAAGGAAAGACAAAGAAAAAUCCCUCAGUGAACGACGGGAAAAGUUGAAGAAAUUACUGCAAGAUGAAAAAAUUAUGCUCGAAGAACAAUUGGCAAAUCUUCAACGACAAAAGCCUAAAUCCCGAAAUAUAAGCACUGACAUAAUGGAAAAAAUUGAUCAAAAUUUCAAAGCGAAUCAGGAUGAUAAGCGACGUUUAGAUCUUGAAGCAAAGUUGUAUGGACGUUUGAGACAUGGCGUAGAGGAUGGAAGUUUCCUUUAUGAAUCCAAAUCAAAUAACCAAGUCUUGGCGAAACUUAACUGGUUAGAUAAACAGAUAGACGACCAAGUUAAACGAGAGCAGGAAGAAAAACAAACCCUGGAACGUACUCUUCGGAUGCAAGAAGAAAUUCGCAAAACCGAAGAAUAUCACAAACAACGCCAGGAAAUUCGUGAAAAAGAAAUCCGUGAAAUUCGUGCCUUACAAGAAAAACAUGUUGCAGAGCUUAAAGAGCGUGAGCAUGAAGCCGAUGUUCUCAAAUCCGAAGCCCACAAUCUUCAGACUACCAUUGAUCAAAUCGACACAGACCUCAUAACAUUGGAGACAAAUAAUAAUCAAUUUCUAGAAGAAGUUCCAUAUUCAAAUAAUUUGAGAAACAUGAAAACAAUCAUACGAAAGCGUUCAGAAGGUUUUCGCACAAACUUGAAAUCCGAUAUUGAACUUCUUUCGCGAGUGGCUAGUAUCUGCCCUCAAGAGCCAUCAAUUAAGGAUUUCAUUGAAAGAUUGAAUCAACAACUGAAUGCAGAAAUGCACAACUUGUCUCAAAUCGAAUGCAUGUACGAAUCAGAGGCUAAAGUGAAUCUUCAGCAAUGUGAAGAGACUUGGCGUCGACUGAGCUAUGAACGGCGAUUUGAUCUUAAGAAUGUGCUGAAAGAACUCAAGAGUCAGCUGAUGAGCACCUUUUAUGAAAAUCAAAUGAGACAGAAGGAGCUCAUCGACAUUCGAACUACUCAUCUGUCAUCGAUUGAGAACUCGAAUAAGCAGUUGAAGCUUCUCAUAAGAGAGGACGAAAUACCCUCACCCAGAGCUGCCUCCGUCAUAGAAACGCCAAGAGCCAUUAAGGAUAAACAAUUAGAGCCAGUUCACAGGGUCGGCGAUUCGUUUACGAAUCUGAACCUAGAUUGCCUGAGUGGAGAUGGUGCUGAAGUACUAAGCCAACCGAGUACAGCAAGAUCGCAGCUACUUGAUACAGCUUCAGACACAUCGCAAGGCCCCAAAUUCGGACGCAAAAAAAUCGCCUGGACGUGAACAAGCUAACCAUAAUUGGAUUUGUAACACAGUUUUUCCACUAUUUUAUUUUUUGUGCUUUGUUCGACUCUUAAAUAAAGGACCAACUCGACCACAAAGA